CCUACCGGCCCGGCUCCCGCGACCUCCCCGUCGGCCAUGAAGACCCGCCGCGCCCGGGCGCCCGGUGCGCAGCUGCUGCCGGCGCCGGCCCUGCUGCUGCUGCUGCUGCUGCUCGGUGCGGGGUCCCGUUGCUGCUGCCUGGCCAGCCCGGUGCCCGCCGAGCCCUUGUCCGCGCCCGGGCCGUGCGCCUCGCAGCCCUGCCGGAACGGGGGCGUGUGCACCCCGCGUGCUGCACCGGGCCCGCAGCACCCGGUCCACGCCGGAGAGCCCGGCUACAGCUGCACCUGCCCCGCCGGAGUCUCCGGUGCCAAUUGCCAGCUUGUGGCAGAUCCUUGCGCCAGCAACCCGUGUCACCAUGGCAACUGCAGCAGCAGCCCCAGGGGUGACAGCCACCUCUGCAUCUGCGAUGCCGGCUAUGACGGUCCCGACUGUGAACAGGUGCUUCCCAGUCUCCCAGCCUCGGGCUGGACCGAGUCCACGGCACCCCGACAGCUUCAACCUGUCCCUGCCACCCCGGAGCCUAACAUCAUCCUCCCACGCUCCCAGGCAACCGAGACACUGCCAACCUGGCAGCCGAAAACAGGGCAGAAAGUUGUAGAGAUGACAUGGGAUCAAGUAGAGGUGAUCCCGGAUGUAGCCUGUGGAAAUGCCAGUUCUAACAGCUCAGCAGGAGGCCGCCUGGUGACCUUCGAAGUGCCACAGAACACCUCAGUAAAGAUUCGGCAAGACGCCACUGCUUCGCUGAUUUUACUGUGGAAGGUCACGGCCACGGGAUUUCAACAGUGCUCCCUCAUAGAUGGACGCAGUGUGACCCCUCUCCAGGCCCCGGGGGGCCUUGUUCUCUUGGAGGAGAUGCUGGCCUUGGGGCAUAAUCACUUCAUUGGUUUUGUGAAUGAUUCUGUUACCAAAUCUAUUGUGGCUUUGCGCUUAACCCUGGUGGUGAAGGCCAGCACCUGUGUGCCAGGGGAGAGCCGCGCAAAUGACCUGGAGUGCUCCGGAAAAGGAAAAUGCACCACAGAGCCGUCAGAGGCAACUUUUUCCUGUUCCUGUGAGGACCAGUAUAUGGGUACUUUCUGUGAAGAAUAUGAUGCUUGCUGGAGGAAGCCCUGUCACAACAAUGCAAGCUGCGUCGAUGCCGAUGAGAAGCACAUGGGGCGCAAUUUCACCUGCAUCUGCCUUGCAGAUUAUACCGGAGAGCUUUGCCAAUCCAAGAUUGAUUACUGUAUCCUGGAACCGUGCAGGAAUGGAGCAACGUGCAUUUCUAGUCCCAGCGGAUUCACCUGCCAGUGUCCAGAAGGCUACUUUGGGUCUGCUUGUGAAGAAAAGGUGGAUCCGUGUGCCUCAUCACCAUGUCAGAACAAUGGCACCUGCUACGCGGAGGGGGUGCAUUUCACCUGCAGCUGCAGCCCAGGCUUCACGGGGCCAGCCUGCACCCAGCUCGUCGACUUCUGUGCCCUGAGCCCGUGUGCUCACGGCAUGUGCCGCAGUGUGGGCACCAGCUACAAAUGCCUCUGUGACCCAGGUUACCACGGCCUCUACUGUGAAGAGGAAUAUAACGAGUGUCUCUCUGCUCCGUGCCUGAACGCCGCCACCUGCAGGGACCUGGUGAACGGCUACGAGUGCGUGUGCCUGGCAGAAUACAAAGGAACACACUGUGAGUUGUACAAGGAUCCCUGUGCCAACGUCAGCUGUCUGAACGGAGCCACCUGUGACAGCGAGGGCCAGAAUGGCACGUGCGUCUGUGCGCCCGGGUUUAUAGGUGAAGAGUGUGACAUUGACAUAAAUGAAUGUGACAGUAACCCCUGCCAUCAUGCCGGCACCUGUCUGGACCAGCCCAAUGGUUAUUCUUGCCACUGCCCUCACGGCUGGGUGGGAGCAAACUGUGAGAUCCACCUGCAGUGGAAGUCUGGGCACAUGGCGGAGAGCCUCACCAACAUGCCCCGCCACUCCCUCUAUGUCAUCAUCGGAGCCCUCUGCGUGGCCUUCAUCCUCAUGCUCAUCAUCUUGAUCGUGGGCAUUUGCCGCAUCAGCCGCAUCGAGUACCAGGGCUCUGCCAGGCCGGCCUACGAGGAGUUCUACAACUGCCGCAGCAUCGACAGCGAGUUCAGCAAUGCCAUCGCGUCCGUCCGGCACGCCAGGUUUGGAAAGAAAUCCCGGCCCGCCAUGUAUGACGUGAGCCCCAUUGCCUAUGAAGAUUACAGUCCUGACAACAAACCCUUGGUCACGCUGAUUAAAACAAAAGAUUUGUAAUCUUUUUUGGGGAUUAUUUUUCAAAAAGAUGAGAUACUACACUCAUUUAAAUAUUUUUAAGAAAAUUAAAAGCUUAAGAAAUUUAAAAUGUUAGCUGCUCAAGAGUUUUCGGUAGAAUAUUUAAGAACUAAUUUUCUGCAGCUUUUAGUUUGAAAAAAAAUAUUUUAAAAACAGAAUUUGUGAAAUUCCUAGACUACGUUUUAAUGUCCUUUCAGCUCUCUCUACACCGUAUGCUUCCACUGGUGUGUGUUCUUUUCACGGUAGCCACUAUCGCAAAACCCAGAUUAAUUUCUGUGGUUGUUAUAGGAUAAGUCGAAUCCAGGAGAAGUUUCUGUUUGGCACGCAAGUGCUGGCUUUCCGAGUAGAGUUAGGAAAAACAUGUAAAGUAGAGUAAUGAUGCAUAACACAGUAUACGCGUUACUUAAAAAAGAUGUCUGAAAUGUUUGUUUUGUGAAAAAGAAACUAGUUAAAUUCAUUAUUCCUAACCCGAAUGAAAUUAGCCUUUGCCUUAUUCCGUGCAUGAGUAAGUAACUUAUUUCUGCAUUGUUUUGUUGAACUUUGCAGAAACAUUAGUUUGCAUUUUGUUUUUUUGUCAUUUUCGUAACGGUUGUCAAACUAGGCCUUGAAAACAUGCAUAAGGAAAGGGCCUAGGGAGGCAAAUUACGGUCAACUGGAAUCUAUAUUUUUCUUUCAAAAGUCAAGGUUUUUGUAUCGUGAAUAAAUUAACUUUACGUUUGAGUUGUGUGUUGCUAAGAGGUAGUGAACAUAAGAGAGUACUGGUUCCUUCAGUAGUGAGUAUUUCCCAUAGUGCAUCUUUAUUUAUAUCUGGGACAUUUUUGUGGCUGUGUUUGAUUGACAUGUGCUUCUUCCGAUUCUUGCUAAUUUCAAAGAAUAUUGAAUAAACGUUAUCAAGUCAA